AUGAGUGACAUCAAGAUCAUAAAAACGCUCGUCAUGGGCAAGGGCGUAAAAUUACACCUCAUGGUGGACACCUCCCAGCCAGAGGACUCCAUCUCGAGGUAUUUUACCGAAGGCGUGGUGGAAGGCAAGCCCGGCGACGACCUGUUCGAGGUGCCGCUGCACUGGCACAGGAAUCACUCCGAGUAUUUUGAGGUGCGCGAGGGCCGCGUCCAGGUCACCAUCGACGGCGUUACGAAAAUCGCCAGCGCGGGCGAGACGACCCACGUGCCCGCGGGCUUGGUGCACGGCUUCAAGGGCUUCCCGGGGGAGAGGCUUGUUGUGAGGGAAAGGUCAGAUCCGCCAGGGGAUUAUAAGCAUUUGUUCUUUGCCGACUUGCUUUCUGGGAGCUGGCCUGCUGGGUUUUGGCACACGAUGAGAACUUUCUACGACGGCGAUGGGUACCCUGCUCUGGGGCUUUACUUCAAAGCCUUUGAUUUUGCUUUUGUCACUUUGUUCGGAGGCAUUGCAAAGCUUUUCCUGCCGAAGAGACAGGAGAAGCUGGAGUAG